AAUAGCUACGAGUACUUUACUGAUUACAUUGUACCGCAUAUAAAGAAGAAUGGCUACAAUGCAAUCCAACUUAUGGCCAUCUUGGAGCAUGCCUAUUAUGGUUCUUUUGGUUACCAAGUCACAAAUUUCUUUGCUCCUUCUUCUCGCUUUGGAACUCCUGAAGAUUUAAAAAAACUAAUUGAUACCGCUCAUGAAAAUGGAAUUAUUGUACUUUUGGAUUUGGUGCACAGCCAUGCCUCCAAGAAUGUCGAAGAUGGGCUGAAUAUGUUUGAUGGAAGUGAUUAUUGUUAUUUCCAUGAAGGCCCGAAGGGAGUUCAUUCUUUAUGGGACAGUCGCCUUUUUAACUACGGCCACUGGGAAGUUCUAAGGUUUCUUCUCUCUAACUUAAGAUGGUGGAUGGAUGAGUUUAUGUUUGAUGGUUUCAGAUUUGACGGUGUAACUUCUAUGCUUUAUAAGCAUCAUGGCAUUGGAUUUGGCUUUAGUGGUGAUUAUCAUGAGUAUUUUGGCGAGUCUGUCGAUGAAGAGGCGGUGGUAUACCUGAUGUUAGCUAACGCAAUGCUUCAUGAAGUUUAUCCACUAGUUAUCACUAUUGCAGAGGAUGUUUCAGGGAUACCCGCUCUUUGCAGACCGGUGGAGGAAGGGGGAUUGGGGUUUGAUUAUCGUAUGGCCAUGGCUGUCCCAGACAAGUGGAUCCAACUGCUUAAAGAAAACAAAGAUGAAGAUUGGAAUAUGGGAAACAUUGUGCACACAUUGACUAAUCGCCGUUAUAAAGAAAAAACAGUUUGUUAUUGCGAAAGUCACGACCAGGCGCUAGUAGGAGACAAAACAUUGGCCUUCUGGCUAAUGGAUAAAGAAAUGUAUACUAACAUGUCAAAAUUUUGCAAGCGGUCACUAAUUAUAGAUCGGGGCAUCGCUUUGCACAAAAUGAUCAGAUUUUUAACUUACACACUUGCAGGAGAAGCUUAUUUAAAUUUUAUUGGGAAUGAAUGGGGACACCCAGAGUGGUUAGAUUUUCCAAGAGUCGGAAAUAAUGAAAGCUUCCACUACGCUAGACGCCAGUGGAAUCUCUUAUUCGACAAUUGCUUGUUAUAUCAAUACCUCAACAACUUUGAUAUUGCUAUGCACCAUUUGGAAGUCAACCAUCCUUGGCUUCUCUCUCCUCAAGCUUACGUUAGUCUAGCCCACGAGGACGAUAAAGUUAUUGUAUUUGAGCGGGCCCAACUUGUUUUUAUUUUCAAUUUUCAUCCUUACAAAAGUUUUGAAAAUUACCGUAUUGGGCUGGAGUAUUCUGGAACCUAUAAGGUAAUCUUUACUUCAGAUGAUGAAGCGUUUUAUGGCUUUACCCGGAUCGACAAGGAAUACCUUUACAGUACAGUUCAAAUCGGUUUGCACGGACGACUUUAUUCUUUUCAAGUAUUUAAAGCAUGCAUGUAAAUCUACAAUAACAGAUAAAAUAUUUACAUUGUGGCAGAUUUACUUACCGAGCAGAACUUGUA